AUGGCGGAGGAGGUGCAUCUAGGUCUGCCAGGUCCCUGGGCGGCGGAUUACCGGGAGAAGGCCGACCACUACACCACUAAGAUUGGUGGAGUUCCUGAUUGGCCAACUGUUGAUAUGGGCAUUAAGCCCGAGACUCUUCAGUGCAGCUUAUGUGGGACCAAGCUUUGUCUUGUUGCUCAGGUACAUGCACCCGUGGCAAAGCUAAACAUUGAGGAGAGGAUAAUCUAUGUGCUUGUUUGCUCGACACCACAAUGUGGACCUAAACCUCAAAGUUGGAAGGUCCUAAGAGUUCAAAAAUGCCGUAAUGUUAUGCAAACAGAAGGUGGUGGCGAUGAAUUAGGCCAAUCGAAUGGACCUCCUUCUACAAGUGUUCCAGAAGAACAAAAUGAUAAAAAUAAAAUUCCUGAGAUUGACGAUGACGAUUUUGAUCUAGAUGCCUUAGCCGAAGCUCUUGAGCAAGCUGCAACUUUGGCAUCUAACUCAAAGAAGAAGAAUAAAUCGAAGCAUGCUAAUGCUCCUGUAAAAUGUCCUGUAUUGAAGGAGCAAGCAUGUGAUCCGAGCAUACCAGUUCUUCCUUGUUUUUACAUAUAUUAUGAUAAGGAACUAUUUGGGGGCAAAGGCACUGUGGGUUCAAGUAGCAGUGAGUUGGUUUUGGACAAAGAAAUCAUGGAUACCGCAAAUGAUGAAGAAGAAAAAUGGGAAGGAGAAAAGUAUGAGUACGAUAAAGCUAUUGGUGCUGACAGAACUUUUUUAAAAUUCAAGAAACGGUUGGAUGCAUAUCCCCAGCAAUGCUUUAGGUAUUCUUAUGGUGGCAAACCACUGAUGGCUACGACAAAAUUACAAGAUCCUGGCACCUGUAGGCUGUGUGGUUCACCACGGCAUUAUGAACUGCAAUUGAUGUCUCCUUUAUCAUACUUUCUCCAUGAAGCUGGAGACGGUUCCUCAAAUUAUGCACCCAGCAGCUGGACUUGGCUGACUGUUAUCAUAUACACUUGCUCCAAGAACUGCUGCCUGUCCUCAUGCGGUGGAAAUCCUCAGAGUUGUUGCUGGGGAGUAGCGGAGGAGGAGAUCCUGAUCCAGGAGGAUGAAGUCCGUUAG